CUAUGUAGAAAUGAGUACUGUGGUUUUUGCUUCAAUUUAAUGUCCUGAAUGCUCUGCUUAACAGUCUGRAAGUUAGGAGGGGAGGUGUCCUCUUCUUCCUCUUUUUUAGAACCCUUCUUCCUUUUUUAGGCAGGUGCAAGACUGAAUGAAGAAUGCAGAUAAUACUAGGGUCUAUGUAGGCCUACUACACAAUAAAGUUAACAUUCUGUACGUUAAAUAAACAUUUGGAACAGCUUUAUUUCUAACAUUUGGAAUGUUAAAUURACUUUGGGAAUGCUCUAUGAACAAUGKUUUCAAUUGAUCCCCAACACAUAGUAAAAAUUGAACUUUUGUUAAUUCAGGGGUUUGGAACSUUCAAUUAACGUUCUGAAUGUGAAURUGAAUGUGAAUGUUCUGAAUGUUAGUAGUGUUAACAUUCCAUAAGUUAGCACAGUAGGAAUAUGUAGGAUUUCUACUAAAACUGGUGGUGGCAUGCUGGCAGGCCCAGCAGCUGCUGAUCCAGCUGAUCAGCAAGCUGCUCAGAGAGAAGCAAACUGGAUCUAUUUGAAGGUCUGUCGUACAAAAGCUAUGUAGAAAAUGCUGUAGAAAAUUGUGGAUCAAGGGGAUACACUGUAGUUUUUGGUCAAAAUGGAAUGGUUCAGGUCUGAUGAAGCUAAUGACAGCUCUGGGAGGCUGUGAUGAUGGAAUACUCUCCUCCUCAGAUGAUUCUGAUUUGGAUCAGGAGGGGGAAGUUGUUGUUCCUGUCCCUGUUGAUACUGCUCCUCCUCCAGYCGCGCCAGCAGGCAAGUAGGUUGAUGUUGUUGGUUCCAGUGUGUGUGUUGUUUUUGUUUGUUUCAAGCUGGUUUGGUUGGUUAUCAAGGUUUGUKGUAGUGUUUUUGUUGUUUUCUUUGUGAUUGGUUGGUUGGUUGGGGGUUUCUGGGGUUUCUGUGGUGAGGACAYUGUGCACGAUGAGCAGGUCGGUGAGGGUUGCUGCUUCCGUUGGCCAGAGGUCUUCAAGGCAGCUGGUGAUUUGUGUGGAUAGUUCUUCAGAGAAAGGGAGGGUUGCGCUUGUACUGUUGAGUAGGAGGUUGCUUGUUGUUGGGUCUCCAUUKUUGCACKUGCAUGCUGCCAUUGGCGUUUGGAUCACGGUGCUGGGAGUGUCAAGUGCCUGUUGACACAGCAGAGUGUCAUGUUGGUUGCUGUAUGUUCUGUUUGGUGGUGAUUCCUUUUGUCUUCACCAGAUUAUCUUSGUGUGUGUAUUGAAACUUGUGCUGUGGUGAYRAUAAGCUUGAUGUGUUGGGGUGAAUCUUCUUCUUUCACAUCAUGUCUCAUGCUACCGUGGCAGUCCUUCACCGCAAUACUUUCGAGAAUGAGGCCAAGGCUUGUAGAGGUGUAAAGGCUAUUGUAUUUGUGGGUACUGCAAUUUCCAAGGUAACCUUUUGUCUGGUUAUUGUCUUUCGUCUGUAUGUCGUUCCCAAUACUCAACAAAUUUGAGCCAUGAACUCAUCUAGUGACCUCUAUUAAAAACAUCAAACAACAAAAAAUUUAAGCCUACCCGCAUUUUUUGAUCACAUCACCGUUACUUCUUCAGUCUCAGCCUUUUCUCUAGUCAUUUUUCUUACAUUUCGCUUUGAAACUAAGAGCUACUAGUGAUCACAAUGUUUGCGCAGCUUUCAUAUGAUUGAUUCGAUGAAAUUGAUGAGGUCGAUUCAUGAACACUUGAUCAAACUCCACGAAUUCAUUUGAAAAGGCGCCAGGAGACAAUGUCCAUUUCGAUCGYAUUGAUACCGUCUGAUGCGUCGAAAUCUCUCCAGACCCAGAGCAUCUCAUGGGAUGAAAAGYGUAACGUCAACAGUGGCCCAUUUGCAUCCAAAUUGCACCAUCGAAUAUUGUCACUGCUACAUAAUGGUGAGAGAGAUGAGGAAAUAGCAAACAGCGAACUUUCUGAGAUUGAUGAUCGAAUAGAAGUUCCGCUUUUGCGGCCGCUGGGUGAUUCCCCUGGUCUCUACGCCUAUUUCACAAGCUCCGGGACACCGAAUCUAAGGCAAGAAUUGGCGACUCCUAAUAUUCGGGCCACACGAUUGGCGAUGGCUUGUGGUUUAAUGAAGCUUCGAUUCUAUGGGAAUGUUGUGAUUGCACGGUCAAAUCCUUCGGGACGACCUAGAUGGUCCGAUGUGACGAUAGAAGACAUUUGGGGGCCUUGCGAAGUUUCUCCCGAUCUUAGACCAAAGAUUCAAAUUGAAUUAGCGGUAGGUCUUAUUGAUGAAAGUAGCAGGAAAUACCGAAUCACAAAGGAAGAUAUUGKGGCUGCACCAGAAUGGAUAAAAAAUGCAGCCGAACAAAAUUACCAUGACGCCGCUGUCGUUGCACGAAUGGCAGAAGUCAUGAAUACCGAAGAGAACAACAAAGAUGACGACGAUAACGAUUCAAAAAGCGAUGACAGCGUUUAUGGCCACAACUUURAUAAUGUUAUGAAAAAGAAUGAAGAAAGAAGCUCAAUCGAAUUCUCUGUAGCAGCAAAAAGUCCUCUUUGUUUGCAUUGUAGAAGACCUACCAAUCACCUCUGCGAAGGCUGCGGUGGAGCCUAUUUUUGCCCUCCUCCUCUCAACUGCCGUGAAGUAGGAUGGUCUCAUUCAUGUCAGUGCCGUACCUGGAAGACAUAUGUGGCACAUCGAGAGGAAUUAUCCGCCUUUGACUAUCUUGAUCCGGAGUGGCAAGCACCACUGACAACUCGGGAAUUCCAGUUGUCAGAAGAGCCGUACAGGAAGUUUUUGACAUCCAGAUUGAUGAUUAAGCAAACAAUGAACUCAAUKAACGAUUCUGAUAAUGAAACUGAAAAUGAUGAUUCUUCUUCGUCAUUCUCUUCUUGGUGGUCGACUGAAACAGAUGGAUGGGCUGGCGGUGACAGUAUCAGCGCCCGACAAGUGGACAUUACGCUUCGAAGUUCCUUCGAAGAAGGAUUCGCUCCCAUCCCCUGGAAUCAACUUCCGCCACCACAGAGAGUCUGCAGUGAAGACUAUGAACGAGCGGGACUGCUAGAGAGAGAGAACAGCAAAAAUACGGUUGGUCUGUGGAGGCUAACCAGUUGGGAAGAUUACUACCGCCUUCGCAACAUUCCUCCUGAAAGUCCGGUGGCUCUAUUGUGUACUUUUCCCCUUACUAUAUACCAUGCUAUCACUGAAUUUGGAGAUGUACCCGUGACCGUAGCGCGUAUGUUACAGCGCCCACUACGUAUCCAUGUCGUGGGAACCGAAAAGGAACUGAAUUUUUUGGAUCUAUUUCAAGAAUUAGGKUUUCUCUUGCCCGAAGAGUUGAAGGUAAGAAAUAAGUUGCAGAUGAACAAAACCACGAGAAAGACUCUGUUACAAUCAACUUCUAUGCUUUGAUGGGCACUGAUGGUUUCUUUUUGGUUUGGUGCGCUUCUAUUGUGUACUGUACUGAAUAAAUAGGUCGAGCUGAUUUUUAUAGCCCGGGAAGACAUGCUUCCGACAAAAUGCAGGACGAUAAAUUCAAGAAGCGAUAAAGAUGACGACGAUCGUUUUUUGUUGAGAGUCGAAAUGACAAGCAACUUAACGGUUGGAGUGGUUGGUGGUACCUAUGGGGGAGAAAGGAAGAACGAUUCUUGUUCUUCUACUAUAAACAAGUCAAAAAGUG